AUGAUACAUGUAUAUAUACUAAAGCAUCUGUAUUUUCAUUAUUUGCAGAUUAAAAUAGCUAAUCCAGAUGUGAUUGGUUUUCAAGAGGUGCGAUCUGAUGCUAAUGGCAGAAAAAAUCAACUAAGUGAACUUCAAAAGCUAAUUCCGCAAUACAGAUACAUGAUUUAUCACCCUGUUACCAUGGUUACUCCUUCACUGGGCCAACAAGAGCCUCCAGGGUGGGAAAAGGAGGGACUUGGCCUUCUUAGUAAGCAUCCCAUAAUAUUAAGUCAUGUUGUCAAUCUUACUGUCGGCAAGGCAAGCCCUGACAAAAAUAAAAGAGUUCUUCUUCAUGCUCAAGUUGAUAUCAGCGGAGAUGAGUUUGAUGUAACUAUUGUUCAUUUAUCGUAUGACAAAGCACAACAGUGUGAAAAUGCUGUUGACGUCAUCAACUAUGUUGCCUCCAUGGGAAGUGAACGUUCAGUGUUACUUGGAGAUUUUAAUGCUUAUAGUGACUUUCCGUGGCCAUUGAAUGGAAUAAUGAAUGGUUCAUUUGACAAGGACGGUUCCUGUAAACCGUUGCACUAUUUUGAACCCCAGGGUUCCAGUCAGGGGUAUGGUUUUGUGGAUGCGUGGGUGACCGCAAAUGGAGACAGUGCAGGAUACACAUUCAGUAACAUGGUAAGUUUUGGCUUUUAUUCACUCACUAAGCAAUGGGCUCAUGUAGCCUGGUUAGGGAUAGAGAAGUGUGGUGGGAGAUGGAAAGAUUCUACUUGACAUCACAGUAUUGCUAGUAAUUCCCAUUGCUUUUCUUUUUCUGGUGUUUCAUGUAAGAAGCAUCAUUUAAACAUCACUUCACUUAUUCUCUAGUAAUAUUAUAUUUCUUUCACUGAAUUUUAGCAUGCAUUUUGUUAGCAGAGCUUGUGGCCACCUUCAAUUUCAGCCUUCGGAAUUUUUUUCACUGUACUUUGCAAAAAAACUGUGAAAAUAUGUAUGGGAGUAAAAAUCCGGCAAGUUCUUAGCCAUUUCUUAUGCCAUUCAACAAUACAUAGACCACCCCUUCUUUGACUUUCAAAGAGUAGACGGGAUUACCAUAAAGUUCUGAAAGUAAUAACCGUUGUUACUUUUGAAUUUAGCAGCCUUCUCCUAUCACUACUUCAGAGGGUCGCUACUUUUGGGAGGUCAUUGCUUUUGGGUAGCUAAAAUGUGUACCAUACAUGGACUGUUCAAAGUUACGGUAAUAAAAUUGCAACAAAUGUGAAAACAUCCACACUCUUUAUUUGGAGAAACUUAUUUCACGUUUUUGUUUUGAAUAACAUUUAGUAUGGGUAUUCAUAGAUGAAAAAAAUACUUUUUGAAAAAAUUUAUAUAUUGUACUUUUAGGAUUAUUUAUAUAUUGUCCUUUGAUUAGGAAUGUUGAAGAUCAUUAUAAUUGUCAGAAGUAAACCUCAGAUCACUUUGAUAAAGCUUGUUAUAUCCAUCAUUCCUGUUAUUUCUUGCAAAAAAGGGAAAUCACUUUUAAAGUCAUCACUUUUGGAGGGUCAUUUUUGGCGGGGGUGGGGGGGGGGUUGUUACUCUCAGGCUUUGCAAACACCUGUAAAAUUUUCUCUCUACAUUCAGAGGGUCACUACUUUAGGGGGGGAGGGGUGGGGUUUGUUAUUUUUGAAACUUAAACAUAUCAACUUAAAUGCUGCUUAACUCAUGUAUUUCUACUCAUUUUAUCUUUCAGCCUGAACCAGGGCCGGUGAGCCGUCCCGAUAGAAUCUUGGUUUCUUUGACUGGACUCAAAGUUGUCUCUGCAAAACUUCUUGGAGAUGGAAAAAUCUAUCAGGACAAAUACAGCUUACAAAAUAAGUGGCAGAGACUCAAAACAGUGUUUCGGAUGGCAAGAGAAACAGCUCUUGGUCCACGAUUCAAAUACACAUGCCAUCAAGACUGUGGUCCUCACGGGUCAUGUCGCUGUGGUGUUUGUGUUAAGGGUGGUGACAAAAAUAACUGCGAACUGCCUUUUUGCUAUGAGUGUGAUGCAGAACAUUACCACAGUUUUAUAUUCAUUGGUCUUUUAUUUGUAGCAUCUGCAAUAUUUAUUUUAUACCUCAUACUCAAGUUUCUUAUGACAAGGUGCAUGGUCAGGACAAGACGAUCACAUUCUAGAGUACUUUUCUUAUGGUCAAACAGAACAUCUGGACUGGUUGUAAUCACUUUAGUUAUUUCACUGUACUUAAUUACUAUGACAUCACUCAAGGACACUUUAGAAACUGUGAAUGGUAGAAUACCAGAAGAGAUGUUUCCCUCUGAUCACAUGAUGAUCGUAGCAAAGUUAAAAUUUAGUUUCAGAUAAGACAGAUAACAGUGUGGAAAAGGUUCAAAGCAAUUUUUUAUCAAUCUUUUGAGACUCAGCAACAUGUGGAGCCAGUUUUUCUGCUUGUCUCAUAAACUUUGCUUGGAAAAUUUUUGCCUGUGAAUAUGCCAUCCUGAUUACCUGCCUUGAGUCUUUGAGGACAAGUUGGAUCGAAUGUCAAAUUCUCACAUUCUUUAAAUAGCAAAUCCAAGGCAAUCUGGAAAGAGAAUGUAAAAGUUAAUUGGAGGUCACUUAGAGCUUUUUUUCAAGGACCCCUAUGAAAUGCAGUUGUUGGUGGCAAACCAGUAGGGGCUAGCUUACUAUAGCAGGGCAAGCUUUUGAAAGCUGACUGUGCCGCAAACAGGGCUCAUUGGACUCUAUUUAACAAUAAUUUUUAAUCCUACCGUGCAACAGUA